AUGAAAGAGGAAGAAAAGGCUCCUAGACUAAAUGAGAAAGGAAGAAUUAAUGAUAAAAUCCAUGUGUCGCACAUUUGCAACAACGGUGAUAUUUACAUUCAGAUCAGAAAUGACACAUUUAAAUAUUUACACUCUCAAAUCCAAUUCAUUACUGAUAUUGGGUUUUCCAACGCUGACAUAUUGGAUUCUGCAAAACUGUUACAAGAAACUCCUCUAAAUAAUUUAUAUUUAGCAGUAAAACCGGAGGAAAAUAAAUGUUACAGAGUUAAAGCGACUGGACCCAUCAAGAGAGGAGAGGUGCCUGUAUAUUUUGUGGAUUACGGAUAUACAGAGUGUAUUCCUGUUUCUAAAAUGAUUGCCUUGGAAAAAGUCUCUUCAGUUAUUAAUGAAUUCCCUCAUCAGGCAAUAAAAGUACAGUUGUAUGGAUUGGAAAAUUUUACACCCUCUUUGGCAUCUCGUCUCAGGGGUUGCCUGCCUAUUAAUGGUUCAGUUCUACUUAAAGUAAUAGAAUAUAAAAAUGUGCCAAUUGUUGAAAUUUUUAUGAGGACACAAGAUCAACUUCUCAUAAGUGUUAAUAAUGCAUUGCAGAAUGAAUUAGAAAUUGAAAAGAAUGCUGUAGAAGUAGAACAGCGUGACCAUAUAAAGAAAAGAAUGGAAGGAUUGUCCAUAAAAUAUAACUCUCCAGCCCGUAAACCCUUGCCACAAUCUCCACAGCGAAAAACUUUAAACAUAAAAGCUUUACCAGAGCCAACUAUUAUUGCUGGAUCUCAUUUUCCUGUGAUUGUUACUAUGGCUGCUAGCCCAUCAAACUUUGUGGUACAGCCAUUCACUGAUGAUGGCUAUCGUGAUUUUAAAAGGCUUAUGAAAGAUUUGCAGGUCUUGUGUAAUAGCAGCCCUUUUUCAAACCCAUCAUAUGAAGAAAUUGAGAAAGGAAAUUUAUAUGCUGGAAGGCACACUGAUGGAGUUUGGUAUAGAGUACAAGUCACUAAUGUUAUGAGAAAUAAUUCAGUAACUGUACAUUUCUGUGAUUAUGGGGAUUAUAAUGUGAUGAGUUACAAAAACUUGCAAAGGUUAACACCGCCAUUUUUAAAAAUGCCAUACAAUGCCUUGAGAGCCAGAUUAGGAGGAGAAACUCCAAUAAUAGCAGACUGGAGUGUGGAAGAAUGCCUACGUUUUCAGGAACGGGUGUGUGAUAAAGUUUUUGUUGCCAAAAUUAACAGCAUUGAUGCUGAUGAACUGAAUGCCUCCGACAAAAUAAUAAGUCUGACAUUAAUUGAUACAACUUCAGAGAACGAUGUUUAUAUAACACCAGAAUAUGUUCGGACAUAUAUAAAGUAA